CAUUUACAGUAUUAUAAGGGUAUACUAUAUAAACGAACAAAUUCAGUUCAUAACAAGUUUCAAAUGAAACCAAUAUAUAAAUAUGAAUUUCUUUGCAUACAAUACCAUGUUGCUUUCGAUUAUAGUACAUUUAGUUAUUUGUAUAAAUGAUAAUCCCCAAAUAAGGAAAUCUAAAAUACCACCCGAAUUUUUACCAUUAAAAACUGUGCCAGCCAAUCAUGAAACGGAUAAUAUAAAAUCUUAUUUGCCUAACUUAUUCAUAGACAAAAUAUCUCACACUGGUUGGAUAAAACCUAUUCAGGAUAAGAUAGAUAGAAUAUCUCAGUUUCUCUCUAGUCAAAAUUAUGGAAACUUUCAAAACCUCGACCCUCAAAAUAUAAUCGAUAGAUUGCAUGAGAAGAGUUUUCAACUACUUUCAGGUCCAAAAGCAUCAAUUUAUGGACUCCGACCGAAAUCUAAUUACGAUUAUCCAUUCGCCUAUAGAAGAAGUUUGAAGACUUAG